AUGCAGAGUGAAGCACGACCUAUUGAAGAAGACAACUAUUUCGUGUGCAGCGUGUGCGGAAUGCGAGAGAAGUACCACGUCGAGUGCGACGCCAUCAAGCGUUUCGGUCUCAGGUUCCUCGAGAAAGUGUUCUUCGUCAAAGACGGCGCGGGCGAAGAUCUGGGAGGCUUUGCCGUCGGUUCGCACUGCUCCGUGUGUCGGCGCGCCGUAUGCCACGCGAGCGAUUGCAGCGUCUUCUACGCUAAGCGGUUUUGCAAGGCCUGCUUCCUUCAGCACAGCCUGCAGUUCCCGCCGCAGAUGAGACAGGCCUUCGGCAAAUAG